GCAACGUGUAUUUCUUUGUUUUUAGCUGACUCCUCUUACACCGUUUCCUAAUAACUACCAAACAAAUCAAACACAACACAAACACACAAUUCUUGUUCUUCUAUCUCUCAAAACACGAUUUACAAUUAGGGUUUCCAAUAUCAAAUAAAUAUACUAACGUUUAGUGAUGGGUUUCUCAAUGUUCUUCUCGUCCGAAAACGAGGUCGUCCACCACUCCUCUCCUUAUGCUUCUGUUGACUGUACUCUCUCACUUGGAACUCCCUCCACUCGUCUCUACAACGACGACGAUGACCGUAGACUCUCUUCCCAUACAUCAAACACAUUAGGCUGGGACUUCUUGCACGGUGCCAAGAAAGGCUGUGGCCGUGGCGACGGCGGAAAUAACCUCCUCCCUCGCCGUUGCGCUAACUGCGAUACCACUACUACUCCUCUUUGGAGAAAUGGUCCAAGAGGUCCCAAGUCAUUAUGUAACGCGUGUGGGAUCCGAUUCAAGAAGGAAGAGAGACGUGCGUCCACCACGGGAGCGGCCUCGACUUCCGGAGGAGUAUCAACGGCGGCUGGAGCUCUGACUUCGGAUCAUCACGGAGGUGUAGAUUAUUAUCACAAUAACAACUAUCAUUAUGCUUCAUCGUCGCCUUGGAUUCACCACCAACAGCAUAAUACGCAGAGAGUCCCUUAUUACUCUCCGGCAAAUAACGAAUAUUCGUUUGGUCAUGAUGUCAGAGAGGAUAAUCAUGACGUCACAGCCGACCCGUUCUUGUCUUGGAGGCUUAACGUCGCCGACCGGACCAGCCUUGUCCACGAUUUUACGAUGUGAUGAAUAUUAUCGUUUCAUAUAUGUUCGUCUAAAAAGGGUCAUAGCCUUGGAUACCAUUUAGCAUAAAAGACUAAAGUCUUAGCCUUGUCCAAAUUCUUUAAUUUUACUUAAGUUACAUAUAUAUUUGAAUGUUUUUUUUUCUCUUUUUGGUUCUUUGUGUAAGUGUUUUUUAAUUUAAAUUUUCUUAUGAAGCCACUUGUGUUAC